AUGUAAUCAUUAGAUGGUUCCUCAAGAGGUAUGUAUAAAUUUAAUCCUACAAAAGACAUUAUCAAUUCUAUCGAUUCUGCGAAUAAGAUCACUGCCAAGUAGUUUAUGAAAUAAACAUUUACUGAUACAGAGGCGAGAAUAAAAAUUAAUAAAUAAUAGGAGAUGCUUCCAGAGGAAACAUUAAAUUAAUCACAAAUAGAUUAAUAAGGGAAGCUUAUUACUAUAAAAUCUACCCUUGAUAUAAAUGCACUAUAAGAAAAAACAAAGGUUUAAGUAAAACAACAAUAUGGAUUAUAUUUGAUAGAUCGUAAUAGAAUCAUUUAUGUAUGGUUUUGCAAAUUUCCCCUUAUUUUACUACAUCAUUUUGUUGAUUGCAUCUAGAUAAUAUGAAGUCAUAGGUUUUUAUAAUCAAUUAUAUUUGGGAUUAUAAAUAGUCUUGUGUUUUUCUAUAUCAUUUUAUGAUAACUUUAUGAACAAAAUUAAUCUCUACAAAUCAAUUGAACAAGCUGAUAAAUAAUAAAUAUUUGUUUAUGUUCAAGAUGAGUUUAGAGAAUGUAGUCUAGGAUAAUUAUAGCCAGGCCAUCUGAUAAAACUUUUACCAAAACAAAAGUGUCCAGCAGAUGGUAUAAUAAUUGGAACAAGUGGAGUUUCUGAAAAUAUUCCUAUAUAAGAAGUAGGAGGAUAAACAAUAACUCGAAGAGCAGGGGUUGCAAAUUUUAGUGUUUCAAAAUAACUUGAAGGCAAAUUAGAAUUUGAUUAAGAUGAUAAAAAAGUUAGAAUUACAAUCAAAAUGGAAACAGGUUAAUUCUGUCUAGAUUUUUAGUAUAUGAAUAUCAAUUUAUUUUAGGUAAUAAAAUAGAAUUAGAAUAUUGUAAGCUAAUUAUUCAUUUGAUGAAAUCUUUAUUCUCAUCACUGGUUAGACUUUGAAAGAAUAAAAAGAUGAAUAAAGUUCUGCCUAUGAAAAAACUAAAAUAAAUCCUAAAUUAGGAUUCUCUUUACAUAUUCAAAACAUUUUAAUAAUAUUAUUUACACUUCUAUUAUCUAUCAUCUUAUUAACUGCUCAUUUCAUAUAAACUAAAUAUUUGUAUUUAGAUAAUAGAAUAGAUGAAGGAUAAAUGAAAACCUUUUUAUAAUUUCUAUGCACAUUCAGUUGGGGAAUUCCAAUUAUGUAAAUUCCUCUAAUUUCAAUUAUCAAUAGAAUUUCUAAGUUUUAAGCAGAACAUGAUCGUCUAAUAGAGUAAAAUUAAUUUAUAUCAUAGUGUUGAUAUUUCUGGGAAAAAAGUAGAAAUCAUCAAUAGCAAUGCAUUAGCCAAUAUGGCAAGAGCUAAAUAUAUUCUUACCGAUUUAAAUCUAUUAACUAGAAAAACAUUAGUUGUUAAUAAUAUAUUAUUAAAUAAAUAAUCUGAUGAAAUCAAUCUUAAUGAUAUAGUAACUGUUACACCCAUAGAAGAUAUUGAUGAUUUUAAUUUCUGUUAAUAAGAAGCUAAAUUUGCACUUUUGGCAUUUUAAACUUCAUAAAAAAGUGAGGAAGAUAUUGCUACAUAAAAACGAAUUUUAGAUUAUGGUUUAUCAAUAGGAAUCAAUGGAAAUAAUAGAAUAAUUUAAGAUUAAGAAUAAAAUCAGUAGUAUUUUAAAACAAAAUUUGAAGUCGUCACUUCAAAAUAUAUGCUUUUUGGAUAUGAAUAAAUUCUAAAAGAAGUACUCUACUAUCAAUAUAUGCAUUUAGGAUAAUAAAUUGUAUCUAAUAGUAUUUAGAUCUAAAUUUAUAGAUUGUAAGGAACAACUAACAUCAGAGAUUUAAUUGCAAAUUUCAAGUUUAUUAGAUGCCAAAGAUAAUCUUAAUUCAAUGAAUAUUGUUUUUCGAAAGAUUGUUUCUAUGUAAUAUUUAGAUAAGAUAACUAAUAUGGUUAAUAAAUUUAAAACUGUAGAUGAGGAAACACUAAAAUAAAUAAAAUCUGAUGUAGAACCUGUUUUAUUUAUUGAGGUAAUAGAAGAUUAUUAUGAUUGUUCUUAAGAAAUUAUAGAUAUUAGAAGAUGUGAAUAUAAGAUUUGGAUUAACACUCAUAUAAAAGAUGUAAAUUAUUCAUUCUAAAUAAAGCCAUAAAUUUUAGAGAAUGAUCCAACUAUGGCAGGAUUAUUUGAAUAAACAGCUCCUCAAGUUAUGAUGUGUUAAAAUGGAGAUGAACUUUAAGUUGCUUUUGAUUAAAUAGAAAAAAAUAGUGUAUAUACAUAUAAGUAAUUUAGUAAAUUAAAACUUUUGGUAAAGAACUUAACAUAUUUAUGAAUGAUAGACCUGUAUUACUUAUUAUAGAUGAUGCAACCUUAUAAACUGGAUUGAAGAACUAAUUACUAAAUGAUAAAUUUAGAAGUUUCUUUCUAAAAAUUCCAUUUGUAAUCUUUCUAAAUUCUAAACCUCACCUAAAUUAUUUGUUAUAAUCAACCAUACAAUCUCAUGAACUGAUUUGUAUCACCAAUUAUAUUGCUUCAACUCCAUCAAUGUAGAUUUGUUUGUAAAAUCAAACAGAAACAGCAUUUGAUAUACAAUUGCCAACUUUUAGUUUCUUACCUAAGAUUUUAAUUGUACAUGGAAGAUUAAAUAAUAUUAGAUAAAGUUCAGCAAUCUAGCUUAUCAAUUAUUUAUCUUUUAUUUUGUUUUUUAUUUAAUUUGUUUAUGUAUGUUACAAUAGAUUCUCCUAAAACUAUUUGUUAAAUGAAUUUAUACUAUUCAUAAUGAUGUUUUUUACAAUUUGUUAUAUUUUCAUAUUCUUUAUAAUGGCUUAGGUAAUAAAUUACUUAUUAUUAUUAUUUUAGGAUUUCCCUUUUGAAAUUUUAAAGAGCUAACCCGUUUAUCACCUUAUGGUAAGAACUUCAAAGAAUCCUUAUAGAUUGUUAAUUAAUUAAUUUUUGUAAGGUGGAUUUCAUGGAACUUUUAUUGUCAUCUCAGUUAUUUAUACCUUCUAUGGUUCAAAUGAUUAAAAUGGAUAUGUUCAUGGUUAUUUGUUAUAAUAAUUUAUGAUUUUGGCAAUAACUUUAUUGGUAAUUGCAUUUAAACCUAUAAUUGAUUAAUAUAAAAUAGUAAAAUCAUAAAUGUAAGUUUAUCUAUUAAAUAUUUAGAUAUUUAGCAAUGGUUUUCAUUUUUGUUACUGUAAUGAUCAUCUAUAAAAAUAAUGAAUAAAUGGCUGAUUUAUUUGAGACAGGAGUAAAAACCAAAGAUUUAUGUGCUCUUGUAUUUUAUCCGAUAUGUGCAUUGAGUCCAAAUCUAGUUGGUCAAUUUAUUUCAAGAAUAUUAUCUACGAAUACUCUAAAUCAAUGUCUUUAUAAGAUGGAAUUAAAUGUAUAAUAGUAAUUGAUUAUAAAAAGCAUGAAGAAGAUUUUGAGAACCAAAAACUUAGAGAUGCAAAAAAUUAUAUAAGAUUAUAUCAGAAAGAAGAAUUAGAAUAAUAAGAAGAUAUUGUAAAUUCUAAGAAAGUACUUUGA